AUGGGACGAGCAGGGGCACGUCGCAGUGGCAUCCAACAACCUUUAUCGUCGUCUUCAAGGCCAUCGUCUACUCAAGAAGCAACAUCAAACGUAGGUAGUUCUGCUGGGAGUAAUGGAUUGCGUUCUAACCUCGGUAGCUCAACUCAUCACUCGGCAAAAUCACUGACAAAAAAACAAGGCACAAGUACAAGGAUACAACAGCAACUCUUGAAGACUUUUACUCAACGAAAAGUACUGCAGGCUGCUGAUGAACUCAAGAAAUCACUCAAAGACACGCAGCAGACGGUCAAGAGUGCUGUCAAGGAAGAACGUCCCAAUACUUGUUUUCAGGCAGAUGUAGAGAUGGAUUCUGAUGGCAAGUCCAACUCGCUUGUCGAAAUGCUAAAAGAUAGACCAGCUCUCAUCAAGGCAUUCCACUCUUUUGAUCUUUCAGCUAUGCUGGGUCCCUGUGUAGGUUUAUCUAGAUUUGAAAGAUGGAGUCGAGCAAAAAACCUCGGUCUAAAUCCUGAUGAGCAACUUGGAAAGCUCCUUGCUACCCAUAUUGCUCAAGUCGAUCCUAUACUUGGCGAAUGCUUAUGGUUUGAUAAACUUUAA